AUGGGUCGAGUCAGAACCAAGACCGUCAAAAAAGCUUCGAGAGUGAUAAUUGAGAAAUAUUAUCCUCGCCUUACUUUGGAUUUUCAUACGAAUAAAAGGCUAUGUGAAGAAAUUGCCAUUAUUCCAACAAAGAAGUUGAGGAAUAAGAUUGCUGGGUUUGUCACACAUUUGAUGAGGCGCAUCCAAAAGGGGCCAGUCAGAGGUAUCUCCAUAAAAUUGCAAGAAGAAGAGAGGGAAAGAAGAGAUAACUAUGUACCAGAGAAAUCUGCCAUUGAUGAGGAUAUCAUUGAAAUCUGCCCAGACACCAAAGAGAUGUUGAAAUUAAUUGAUAUGGCACAUAUCCCAUCAUUGCAAGUAACCACGCCCAUCGCCACUGCACCAGCUUUCAAGGGUCCAAGGGCUAACAUUCCUGGAACUAACCAAUAA